UCGCGGCUGCCUGCUCAAGGAGACAGAAGUGGCCGUUCAGUCACACACAGACCUCAACAUGGCCACGCCGCUCACCGACCAGGACAAGAGGAAGCAGAUCUCCGUCCGGGGUCUGGCCGGCGUGGAGAGCGUCUCGGACCUGAAGACGAACUUCAACCGGCACCUGCACUUCACCCUGGUGAAGGACCGCAAUGUGGCCACCAAGCGGGACUACUACUUCGCCCUGGCCAACACGGUGCGGGACUACCUGGUGGGCCGCUGGAUCCGGACCCAGCAGCACUACUACGAGAAAGACCCCAAACGCGUCUACUACCUCUCCCUGGAGUUCUACAUGGGUCGCACUUUGCAGAACACCAUGGUCAACCUGGCCUUGGAGAACGCCUGCGAUGAAGCUAUAUACCAGCUGGGUCUGGACAUGGAGGAGCUGCAGGACAUGGAGGAAGACGCCGGUCUAGGCAACGGUGGUCUGGGUCGCCUGGCCGCGUGCUUCCUGGACUCCAUGGCCUCUCUGGGUCUGGCUGCCUACGGAUACGGGAUCCGCUACGAGUUCGGCAUCUUCAACCAGAAGAUCGUGGACGGCUGGCAGGUGGAGGAGGCUGAUGACUGGCUGCGCUACGGGAACCCGUGGGAGAAGGCCCGGCCCGAGUACAUGAGGCCGGUCCACUUCUACGGCCGCGUGGAGCACACGGAGGAGGGCGUGAAGUGGGUGGACACGCAGGUGGUUCUGGCUCUUCCUUACGACACCCCCGUGCCCGGCUACAGGAACAACAUCGUCAACACCAUGCGACUGUGGUCCGCCAAGGCCCCGUGUGACUUCAACCUCAAGGACUUUAAUGUCGGCGGCUACAUCCAAGCCGUGCUGGACAGAAACCUGGCGGAGAACAUCUCCAGGGUCCUCUACCCCAACGACAACUUCUUCGAGGGGAAGGAGCUGCGCCUGAAGCAGGAGUACUUCGUGGUGGCGGCGACUCUUCAGGACAUCGUCCGGCGCUUCAAAGCCUCCAAGUUCGGCUCCACCGAGUUCGUGCGACUGGACCUCUCCACGCUGCCGGACAAGGUGGCCAUCCAGCUGAACGACACACACCCUGCGCUGGCCAUCCCCGAGCUCAUGAGGAUCCUGGUGGACGUGGAGAAGCUGGCGUGGGAAAAGGCCUGGGACAUCGUGGUUCGUACCUGUGCCUACACCAACCACACCGUGCUGCCUGAAGCUCUGGAGCGCUGGCCCGUGGACCUCUUCCAGAACCUGCUGCCGCGCCACCUGGAGCUCAUCUAUGAGAUCAACAGGCGGCACCUGGAGCGCAUCGGCAAGCUUUUCCCUGGAGACUGUGACCGCUUGCGCCGCAUGUCCCUGAUCGAGGAGGGGGACGUGAAGAAGAUCAACAUGGCCCACCUGUGCAUUGUGGGAUCUCACGCCGUCAACGGGGUGGCCCGCAUCCACUCUGAGAUCAUCAAAGACACGGUGUUCAAGGACUUCUACGAAGCAGACCCCGACAAGUUUCAGAACAAGACCAACGGCAUCACGCCCCGGCGCUGGCUGGUCAUGUGUAACCCCGGCCUGGCUGAGGUCAUCGCGGAGAGGAUUGGUGAGGAGUACAUCCGUGACCUUGACCAGCUGAAGAACCUUCUGGACUUCGUGGACGAUGAUGCCUUCAUCCGGGACGUUGCCAAAGUCAAACAAGAGAACAAGAUGAAGUUCUCCGCCCACCUGGAGGAGCACUACAAGGUGAAGAUCAACCCCAACUCCAUGUUCGAUGUCCAGGUGAAGAGGAUCCACGAGUACAAGAGGCAGCUGCUCAACUGCCUGCACAUCAUCACGCUCUACAACCGAAUCAAGAAGGAACCCACCAAGUCCUGGACCCCCAGGACCGUGAUAAUUGGAGGAAAGGCGGCUCCCGGUUACCACACCGCCAAGAUGAUCAUCAAGCUGGUCACAUCCAUCGGAGACAUCGUCAAUAACGACCCUGUGGUGGGCGACCACCUCAAGGUCAUCUACCUGGAGAACUACCGCGUCACUCUGGCGGAAAAGGUCAUCCCAGCAUCCGACCUGUCGGAGCAGAUCUCCACGGCCGGCACCGAGGCCUCCGGCACCGGCAACAUGAAGUUCAUGCUGAACGGAGCGCUCACCAUCGGCACCAUGGACGGAGCCAACGUGGAGAUGGCGGAGGAAGCUGGGGAGGAGAACCUCUUCAUCUUCGGCAUGAGGGUCCCCGACGUGAAGGCCAUGGACGAGAAGGGCUAUGACGCCGAGUCGUACUACAACCGCAUCCCCGAGCUGAAGCAGGCGAUGGACCAGAUCUCCGGAGGCCUCUUCAGCCCCAGCCAGCCCGACCUCUUCAUGGACCUCGUCAACAUGCUGAUGCACCACGACAGGUUCAAGGUGUUCGCCGACUACGAGGCCUACAUCACCUGUCAGGAGAGAGCCAGCGCCCUCUACAAGGACCCUAAAGCGUGGACCAAGAUGGUGAUCCACAACAUCGCCGGCUGUGGUAAAUUCUCCAGCGACCGCACCAUCACCGAGUAUGCCCGGGAGAUCUGGGGCAUGGAGCCCAGCUUGGAGAAGAUCCCCGCUCCCGAUGACCCUCGCUAAACCACCUCGCUGUAGCAGACCACAUGGUCCUAGCACUAAAGCCCCCCCCCCCCCCAUAGCUGUUUCACUAUAUACUGGCAUUAUUUCUUUACAUUAUUGACCCCCUCAUGACUCCAGUCCAUGUCGCAGUAACGCGUCUCAAACUAAUCUGAAGUCUGUAUCUCUCUGCUGGGUGACGUCAGCUGAUUAACCUUAAAUAAGGAAGACGUACUUCCUUAUCUUGUAACGACGCCUGAUGUUUGGAAAUUCAAAAACAUCCACCAGGAGCUGAGGGGACAUCUUUAGAGCAUGAAGGCAAAACCAGAAACCAUGUCUUUAACUUUCUAACCACAGUUUCUAACGACAUCCCCUUCAGCUUCAGAGCCGCGUGGCUCCCAAAACCAGCGACCCGCCAAUAAACCUCAGCACUGUUCUGGUCCUGAACCGCCGACGUCUUCCAUGGAGGCUCAGCGGCCUCGGAGGGGAGGAGCCUCGUCUCCAGAGUCACAUUCAUUCAUGUUUAAUGUUUUUAAAAAUGUCUACCACGGUCCGGUUGGUGUUUUAUUGUCUUAUGUGCGUAUAUAUAUAUAUAUAUAUGUGUGUGUGUGUGUGAUGUCUUCAGCAUGUUGUGUCCCAUUCUGCUGUUGGAACAUAAUCGAGCCUUCUCUGCCUAAAACCCCAAAGUGACUGAAUUAAUCUUUGCAGGAUGUGCGUAUUCUGUCGUGUUGUGUGUGUGUGUGUGUGUGUGUAGCAUAGCAUAUGUGAGUCCAGCUCGAUUGAUGGACUGUGACCAGCAUGCUGUCCUGCUUCAGCUACCGUCUGACUGUGGUGCUGCCUUCAGGGGCUGCAGGAAGGACACCCUCUCUACGCUGCAUCUCGCAUUUCAGUUUUUAUUUAGUCAAUAAAUGAGAAAACUACAACAGCUC